GCUAUGAAAAUGAUGUGAUCAAUUUAGGAAAUGAAAUAUAUGCUGGAAAUACAGUCGAUCCGCCCACCAUUGAAUAUGAUGUCGAACCAGAUUGUUACUACACUUAUAUUAUAAUUCAUCCAGAUUUACCGACUGCAAAAAUGGCUAUGUGGCAGUCCUUCCUCAUGGGGUUAUGGGUCAACAUGGUUAACAUGGACAUUGAGACGGGAUACGAGCUGGCUCCCUACACUCCUGCGACCCCAGUACCGGGAUGCGGCCUACAUCGCUUUAUUUUAUGUCUAUACAAACAAGAGGAGUAUAUUGACACAACAGAUCCGUCAUUAUACGACUCCAAUUUCAUGCAGCUGGGGUUCUCAAUAACUGGUUUUGCGAGUAACUACAGCCUUGGAGACCCUGUCGCCUGCAACUUCUACGUGUCGAAGUAUCCUGAACGCGAAGACUGA